UCACGCACGCCGAGCUGCGACGUAGCUUGACCUCAAAGUUCUAACCACCAUCGUCCGCGCUGCGGAGGAUAUUUAUGCAGAAAUGCAUCGAACUUGCCAGACUCCCAAAGACUUCAGGUAAAAUCAGAUCCCUCCUGUUUCGCCGGCAGACACCAGGGGAACUACCACAAGAUCCUUCAUUCAUCAAAAGGGAGAACAUCCUAGACCCCUCCCAUCCAGCAGUCGGAAUCUCCCGUCGUACCUAUCCCAGUUUCAGUUCCGCCGACCUCAACUUGACUGUCUAUCCAUUCGCAUUGUUAUCUCAGUACGACGUCCGACGACCAUAUACGGUUUCAGUUGAAUCAUGGAAAGAGCGGGUCGAAAGGACGAUACAGCAUCCGGAUUUCGAUUCCAAGAAUCCGACCCUUCUGCCCGUUCGUGUGCGCAAUUGGCAUGCGGAACGGAAGCGGUUGCCAAUGUCGCUCAGAAUCAUCGCUACGAUGAAGUCUACGAGCAAGAAACGCGUUGUUCGUACGAAAAUAACCAACAAGCUCAAAACUGCUAUAGAGUUGGUGACCAUCAAAGGUGCAGAGGUGAAGAAGGUGGAUGGGAAGGAGACUUUGGUGAUGAACGCGGAAAAGGCAGAGAAAAUGUCGAGGGAAGGCGUUAUGCGCGGAUGGACGUAUAUCUUCUUCCCUCGUCUUGCAAUCUAUCUUAUGCCCUAUACGAAACUUGUUCCGCUGGUCGAAAAAGCUCUCUCUGUAGCCUACGUUCAAGCCAGUAGUCUGGAACGAAGCUGGGCUAUCAAAGCUUUAGUACAAAAAGGAAGCCCGCCGGAUCGAAAAACCACAACCCCCAUUCUUAGAACGGGAACAGAGAAUGUCUCCAUGUUCAAUCGGUCGUCAACGUCGUCAGCGUCAACGAGAAGGUCUAGUUGUUUGGAAGCUUCUGUUCCUCUUUCGAAAGAUGCAACAACUAGUCCUACACCUUCGCUACGUUCGCCAUCACUCGAUGUCAAGCCCAGGUCAAAUCGACGUCAACCUACGCAUGCCCACCUGAGCGAGACUUCCACUCAACCUGCUAUGGAUCUAGUCAAUAUAUUCGCACGUCGUUCUGAACCGCCAACUAGGCAAUCCUGGCAAUCAUACCCAGCAGAGACUGAUGGUAAUGCGCACAAUGAGGAAUGGGACCCGGAUUCUGCGGAUGAAGCUGACUUUGAUGUUCUUGACGAUGACACUCUUGAUUCCAAAUAUUCUUCUGCCUUCGCAUCUGUUGCAUCAGGGAUCGUUUUUACACCUCCUACACUACACUCCCCAAAGUCACAAGCAGAAGCCACCCAGUCACCUACACACUCUCCAAGGUCGACGCAACCUCCUCGCACUUCCCGCAACACCCACGAGAAACAGAGCAAGCCUACAACAAACCUUAACCCUCCCACGGAGUUGGCAGCCAAAGACAAAAUGUUCAAGUUUGAACCAUUUGUGCUUGACGUGCACUCGAAGACGGUAAGAAAUAGCCAUAAUCGGAAAGCCGGGAGAUCGUCGUCUGCGCGAAUGAAGGUUCGUGGUGAGAACCGGACUUCUCUGUCCUCCACUAAUGGGAGCGACGGAGAUGAUGAAAGGAGUUAGGUAUACCGGCCGCUUGCUUAUCGUCUAUCUAUCUACCCUAGUAUACCUUAUUUUACAGUUGAGUUAGUUGUAAACUUUUUCCAGAUUUCGGUACAAGGUCGUAGUCUACCUUGUUUUACUCGGUCGUCAAGUGGCGCAAAUGUCGUUGUAUUUUCCCGCCCCCGUAGUACUAGUUAUGUGCAGGGUGUCGUACUAUCCUUUUCCAGUACAUUCAAAAGAGG